GCAUUAAUCUAUUAUACACUUUAACUAAAAACUGCAUAGUAAUUGUAGUUUUAAUUACCAAACAAUAACCAAUCCGUAUGGAUGGUACCCAGUCUCCACGCAACCAAUCAUUUUUCCGGCUUGUUUUAUUUUGUCGUCCGCGCGCUCACUGGCAGCCAAUCGCAGACACUUCCUGAGUCUGCACCAACUACGUCCUCAAUUUUAUUUUUCAGGCUGCAAAAUCUCUAACUUCGAUAACACUUCUUAUUAAUGUUUACGGCCUUUCAGAGUUAAUUGUACCCCGGAUUGACAAUUCGUAUCGCCUUCGAGCUCUUUUUGGAGAAAAGAACCGGAGAUGAGUUUCUUAUUUGGAAGUCGUUCAUCAAAGACAUUCAAGCCAAAGAAGAACAUCCCAGAAGGAUCUCACCAGUAUGAGCUCCUCAAACAUGCCGAGGCGACGCUGGGAAGCGGAAAUCUCCGGGCUGCUGUGAUGUUACCGGAUGGAGAGGACCUCAACGAAUGGAUCGCUGUCAAUACCGUGGACUUUUUCAACCAGAUCAAUAUGCUGUAUGGCACAAUCACUGAAUUCUGCACAGAAGUCAGCUGUUCUGUUAUGUCUGCAGGCCCCAGGUAUGAAUAUCACUGGGCAGAUGGCACCAACAUCAAAAAACCCAUCAAGUGUUCUGCGCCCAAGUACAUUGACUACCUGAUGACCUGGGUUCAGGAUCAGUUGGAUGAUGAAACCCUGUUUCCAUCUAAGAUUGGUGUUCCUUUCCCAAAGAACUUCAUGUCAGUGGCUAAGACUAUCCUGAAACGUCUCUUCAGGGUGUACGCUCACAUUUACCACCAGCAUUUUGACUCGGUCAUGCAACUUCAGGAGGAAGCCCAUCUGAACACCUCCUUCAAGCAUUUCAUCUUCUUCGUGCAGGAGUUCAAUCUCAUUGAUCGCAGAGAGCUGGCACCUCUGCAGGACCUUAUUGAGAAACUGGGCAGCAAGGACAGAUAGACCCUGAUACUAUCAUCAUCAUCAUCAUCAAUCACUCUUUCUGCAGUCUGAGCACUCCUGAAGGCCCUUUCCUUCAUUUUGUCACCUGUCCGUUCUUUCAAAUCUGCAUUGCUGUUUGUGCACACUGAUUGUCGUUCCAACAUCGCAGCUGUGCUUCUUGAAGGGUCGUCCUGAAAACUUGCUGUAUGUGUAAAAAGUAUUUUUACUUGGUUUCGAUUUCUUUCAGUAUUACACUGUAAGCCUUUUUAGCUCUAUGGAUGUACUGGGAUAAGAAACCCAGUAUUAGAAUUUAGUUUUUUUUUAAGUGAAACUAAAACCAGCAUUUUUAUUCAAACAUGUAUUCACAUUUUUGUAGUGUUGAGAGGAUAAAACCUAUAUGGGGACUGUUUUUACAAUAUUGCAUUUUAUUUUGUUUUAUGUUUUUUUAUUUGUUUCAUUCAAAUUUUAAGAGAAAUGCUUGUAUUUUAUGUUGUUACUGUCUCUGUGUGAUUGUAAUUCACAAAACCUGUUUUAGGAUUUCAAAGAAGUCAUCGGUUAUCUUAUAGGUACAUUUACAUUUAUCCAAAGCGACUUACAAAUGUGAGAACGUUUAACAUUUUGCCUUAAGAGCCAGCAAUAAAUAAAAUGAUGGUAAAUUAUGUUUUGACAAAAUUAUGUAUUUACAGUAUGCCUACAUUUCAUAAAUAAACUAGAUAUUUAGCCUGAACUCAAAA